AUGGAGGAAAGCUUGUUCAUAAAUCUCGAUGGAAAUAACAACCUCCUGGAUUUGAUUAAAAAAUAUCAACAGAGGAUGAAAGGAGAAAACCCCAACUACGUGGAUUUCUCAGGAGAGUGUCAACAGGAGACACACCAAUUAGGGGGUGGGAAAAAAAAAGAGAGAGAUGAUUUUAAAAAUAAUUAUGCGAUAGACUUUGUACCUUCUGCUGUACAUGGAAAGAAGAGCUGUCCUAAUUUGGGUCCCCGGGGGGGGAAUCCUUCGAGGACUAAAGCUGUGCACGCAGCAGAGUGGGUGAAGCGGGAGGGGGUGAAGAAGGAGGCGAUGAAGAAGACCACGAACCGGACGACAGAGGGACUCCCUCGGGGGGCAGGGCUUAAACUUCAAAGGGGCCGUGCUCUCCUUGGUAGGCCAAACUUGGCUGCAGGGAACCGCAGCAGCUGUAGUAGUGACACCCGAAAAAAAGGAGCGCGUCCAACACAUGGUGGAGACUGUUCUGUCCUCCCCACGCAGGAGGCGGCACACGAAAAUGAAAAAAAUGAGCAGCAAGGGAAAUUAAAAAAAAGUGAAAUCAACCUUAAAAAUAAGUCUAGCGUCAAAGAAAAAAUUUUAGAUAAUCGUACAUUUGAAGAGAAGCUCGUUCAUGUUGAAAGAAGCGUCUCUCCGCAACGAGUGAAGGAGGAGUUUCUAAACGGAAGCGACAUCAAAACGAAGGAACUUGAGCCACCAAAUGGAUGGAGUACCCUUGGGAGCAGUUCACUUUGCAUGUCCCAUUUGGAUACCAUAAGCAAAUCAAAACACAAAAUUAAUGCCAUGAAAAGCGGAAAAAUGUUCCUAUGUUCCAGUGAGAGUAAGGCACCACGUGAGGAGUACCUCCUCCGUGAGGUUCGACUCAAAAAAGGGGCAGAGAUGCGGCUCACGCCGAGCAUUAAGACGGACCUUUUGGAAAACUGCGCGGCGGUUUUUGCCUUUGUGAGGAGCCAGCUUAGGAGGGUAAACUCGGCACUCACGGGGGGCCGCUCAACCGGGGGGUGCCGCUCAACCGGGGGGAGCCGCUCAACCGGGACCACCUCCCCAACGAAAUUUGCAACCAAAAAAGGGGAGAGCGUCCAACGUGAUUAUCUGCGACGUUUGCGAAGAAACGUCAAGAAAAAUCUGGAGGAGCUGCGAAGAACGAGCAUCGUGGCAUUCAUCCUUUCGGUCCUCCCUGAAAAAGGCAGCUCCUCUUGCACGCCGACCUGCAGCGUAAAGCGAGUGGGGAGGCCACACAUGCCCGCCAUGCGAGUAGGAGGUCAGCACAUACCCGUCAUGCGAGUAGGAAGGCCGCAAAUACCCGUCAUGCGAGUAGGAAGGCCGCAAAUACCCGUCAUGCGAAAAAAUCCCUGA